UCAAAACCAGCAUAUAAAACCACAGUUCACAAACCCAACGUGAAUCCCAUAAACACUCACAAAAAACUCUCUCAACAUAAACUCACUCAUCACACACGUACAUGUUACCUACCACUAACCAUGACAACCAUCACCACACCUUACAGAGAUGAACCAGAUUACGACAGCAGCUCCUCCUCCAUCACCGUACCGGAAUCAACCCGAAGCUGGAUGAGCAACCUCAGCUUCGGUAGCCGCCGUCGCCGUAGCUCCGUCUCCGUUUCUUCCACCACCACAUACACCUCUUCACUAUUAGGUUCCAACGCUAAACCUCACAAAGCAAACCAAGUUGCAUGGGAAGCCAUGACCAGACUCCGACUCGACAAAGGUCGAGUCGGACUCGACCACUUCCGAAUCUUAAAAAGACUCGGAAGUGGUGACAUAGGAAAUGUGUAUCUUUGUCAGAUAAGAAACCCUGUGGUAGGUUUACCACAGUGUUAUUAUGCUAUGAAAGUUAUUGAUAGAGAAGCACUUGCUAUAAGGAAGAAGCUUCAAAGAGCAGAAAUGGAGAAGGAGAUUUUGGGUAUGCUUGAUCAUCCUUUUUUGCCUACUUUAUACACUGAGUUUGAUGCUUCUCAUUACUCUUGUUUGGUUAUGGAGUUUUGUCCUGGUGGUGAUUUGUAUGCUUCUCGCCAACGCCAGCCUAGGAAGCGCUUUUCCUUAUCAUCCGCUAAGUUUUAUGCAGCUGAGACACUAUUGGCACUAGAAUAUCUACACAUGAUGGGAAUAGUAUACAGAGAUUUAAAGCCAGAGAAUAUUUUAGUAAGAGAAGAUGGACACAUAAUGCUAUCAGAUUUUGAUCUUUCACUAAAAUGUGAUGUAGUUCCAAAGCUCUUGAGAAACAAAACAAGAUUAGAAAGAAGUAUCAAAACUACAACAAGAAAAUCUUCAACACCUUCUUGUAUUUCCCCCAUGCAACCUGUUUUGUCCUGUUUCUUGUCAUCAUCAACUAAGAAAAAGAAAACAACACUUGAAACAGUUAUAAGAGAAAAUGUUCAAGAAGAGUUUGAGGUUGAUCUUGAUCCUGAUUUUGUAGCUGAACCAAUUGAUGCAAGAUCAAAAUCAUUUGUAGGGACACAUGAAUAUUUAGCACCAGAAGUUAUAUUAGGACAAGGUCAUGGAAGUGCUGUAGAUUGGUGGACAUUUGGUGUUUUUUUGUAUGAAAUGUUAUAUGGAAGAACACCAUUUAAAGGUGAAAACAAUGAGAAAACAUUGGUCAACAUUUUGAAACAACCUUUGACUUUUCCUAGGAUUGGUGUUAGUAGUAGUCAUGAGUUUGAAGAAAUGGUGAAAGUUCAAGAUCUUAUUAGUAAAUUGUUGGUGAAGAAUCCUAAUAAAAGAAUUGGAAGUUGUUUGGGUUCUGUUGAGAUUAAAAGACAUGAAUUUUUUAAAGGUGUGAAUUGGGCUUUGAUUAGAUCUGUUAGACCCCCUGAGGUUCCUAGUGAUAAGAAUAAGAUUAGGAAUAGGGUUUUAGUACCUAAGUUAAGCAAGAAAGAAAGAGAUCAACCAUUUCAGCUUAAUCGCCAGUUUGAUUACUUCUAAAUGUAUGUUUAGAUUUACAGUAAAUUUGUCAGAAUUACGGUGUGUCAUCGUAAUUUUAACAAAAGCUACAUUUUGAAUUUCAGUUGUAAUUUCGUCGAAUACAUUAUAAUUUUAUUCUAACCGUAGAAUGUAAGUAUAAUAGUUUAGGGAAAACAAGUUGUGUUUUCUAUAAGAGAAAGUAAGGUUUCUUUCUCCCUUGCUUUCUGAUUUGUGUUUUGUAUGAUGAGAUAGGGAAUUAAAAAUUAAUGUAUGAUGACUAAUGUACUAUGCAUUGAACUAA